UUAAGUACAGAUUAUUGAUCUGUCAGUCUCAGAAGACCAGACAAUGUCCACAGAGGUCAGAGAGGUGCUUCUGGAGGUUUACCUCAACGGUGCCUUCUACUGCAGGGAAAGUUACUGGGCAUCAGAUGAUAAAGAUGUGCAGCUGGAGUUUGAGAUCACCGAUGCCAUCUAUGACCUUCUCGGCUGCAGCGCAUCUCAAGAGAUAGAUGUGCAGCUGGAGUUUGAGACGGACGAUCACGUCUCAGUCGGUCACUGCAGUCCAGGAGAGAUGCACAUGGAGCUGGAGGCUGAAGAGAAUCAGAACAUCUCAGUCUGUGAAGUGAAAGACUUGCAGCUGGAGAUGAACAGGAACGUCAGCGUCUCAGAGCUGAAGAGGCCUGCGCUGGUGUCUGAAGAUCUGAGAGACCCAGCAGGACCUUCAGUGGAAGACAGCGAUGUUCAGGAGAACAGCCCGACAGAAAGCACUGCUGGGUGGAUGUUCAAGAAAAUAAGUGCAGUCUUCCAGCAAUUGACUGCAAUCUUCCAGACAAAUGCACUGAAUGCUGUUGGGGAACCUGAAGUGGAUCUUCAUGAUACAGAGAAAUCAUGUCUCCCAGAUCCCAGCGUUCCUAAACCAGAUCCUGAAAUGAAUCUGGUCGAUACCAAGCAGUCAUGUAUCCCAGAAACUGGAAUGGAUCUGGUCGAUAGCGAACAAUCAUGUGUCCCAGAUCCCAGUGUUCCUGAUCCAGAACCUGAAGUGGAUCUUCUUGAUCCAGAGAUAUCAUGUGUGCCAGAUCCCAGCGUUCCUGAGCUAGAUCCUGAAAUGAAUCUGGUCGAUACCAAGCAGUCAUGUAUCCCAGAACCUGAAAUGAAUCUGGUCGAUAUUGAACAAUCGUGUGUCCCAGAUCCCAGCGUUCCUGAUCCAGGACCUGAAGUGGAUCUUGUUGAUCCAGAGGAAUCCUGUGCACCUGGUCCAAGCGUUCCCGAGCCAGAACCUGAAGUGACAUCAGAGCAUUUAAGUUUGGAAAACUGCAUCCGUCUUAAUGUGUCCAAGCUGGAGGAUCGUUUGAGGGAAUGUACACUGUCCAAGACUCCUGUCACUGAGGUCUGGCCCAGGGUCUUCAUUGGAAAUGAAGAGACUGCAUGGGACCGAGAUAAACUGAAGGAGAUGGGAAUUACUCAUAUCCUUAAUGCUGCAGCGCCAAAAAAGGACCUGAAGUUCUUGUUGGGAAUGGCAAGCGAGAAAGACCUACUAGGAACGGUCAACACAGGGUCCAGAUAUUACAGAGGCAUGAACAUGACUUACUGUGGCCUGCCUUCGUUCAGACACUGGGCCAAUAUCAGCAAGUACUUCUUGCCAGCAGCCAAAUUUAUCCAUAAGGCCUUGAGGAACCCAACGAGUAAGGUGUUGAUUCACUGCACACAGGGCCUUAGCCACUCGGCGACUCUGUUUCUGGCUUAUCUGAUGAUCUGCCAUGACAUGAUGGUGGAGGAAGCCAUUGAUCAUGUCAUAAAAGUGAGAUGCAUCAAGCCCUAUUUCGGCCAUCUGAAGCACCUGGCGUUCCUCAAUGCCGACCUUGUGCUGCAGCGAAAACUAAAGCUACAGGGGGGGAAAACAGACAAAAAGAUGAAAAAAUGGCAGGUUAAAACAAAAUAGAACACAGAUUUAAAAAAUGGUGCAGAGAUUAAAAAAAAAAUCUAGAAUAAUUUGAAAUGUAUUAUUCAAUAUUAAAUGUAUUAAAAAAAUUAAUUUUUGAAAAAAAAAAAGAGGUUGUUGUAAGUGUGACUGAUUUUUGAAUUCCCUCAUCUCUACAAACAAAUACCAAGCUUGAGUAGAAAAGAAAACAUG